AUGUCUCUCGGUUCGGCCUGGCCAGAUUUCAUGGGCUUCGUGGAGGAAGAAAAGUCCUUUCAACUUGUUGAUGCUUAUGCAGAUGCUGGUGGGAACUUCAUCGAUACGGCCGACAAUUACCAGGACGAGCGAUCUGAUGAGUACGUUGGGAAGUGGAUGGCCGCCGAGGAAAUUCUAAUCUUGUUCAUCGCGACCAAGUUCACUAGCCAGUAUCGCAAAUGGGAGUUAGGCCCAGCAAGACAGCGAACUAUUGUGGCAACACAAAAAGUCUUUGCACUUUUCUGUACGAGAUUCGCUUCAAAGUCCACAGUUUUAGGCGGUGUGCUUGAUGAGAAAAUAGACAAAAAUCGGCGAAUUCCUACUGCAUUACUUUGA